AUGUUGGGAACGGCCGGCACCGUCGGUGUCAUUCUCGUCCCAAUUGUCCUGAUCGCAAUCAUCCUAGCCAUGUGGUACUGUCCCUUGCGGCGCGUGAGCCAUUCCGAACACGUUGAGGCAUCCGCUAGCAACUCUGGUAGAGCAGGCGUUACAGCAAGUGGUACGGGCGGGACUACAACGGGUAGCGCGCCAGGAGUCGACACGGCAGCCAUCCCCUAUGUUGCGCCAUCAUACGAACUCCAGUCCCAACAGUCGCAUCGGUCGUUCAGGCUUGCUAGGAUCUCGGAGGAGGGAGGCCCCUUUCACCAUCACGCGGCGCAUAAGUGA